AUGGUUAACAUACUUGUCAAGAUUGGCCUUUCGGUCGUUGUUAUUCUUGCUGUUCUCUUCCAGGUUUAUCUCAAAGAGGCAGUAUGGCUUGCUUUCGGCAUUGGAAAGGUCAUGCAGCCAAUUAGUGAUUUCCCUUAUACAUGCCGCAAGAUCGCCGAUCCACGCAUGGAAGCGUGCGAGGAUAUGUGGUUGUCUCAAUCUACGAGGCAAUUGUUCCUGGCCUGUUCGGAUCCACUGGCACGAAGUGCAUGGUUUCCACAUGUUGGUGCGCUUAACAUCUCGGGUCGUUCGCAGAGAGACUCUAUUGUAGCUCUGGAUAUUGAUACAUCUGUCGGCAGCAGCUUUGAGCCUCGCAUUUUUAAGACAACAGGAUUCUCCGGGACAUCUGGUGAUGGGCUUAUCAACGUCGCUGGCUUCACAGGCAUUGAAAAUUCUGACGGGAGCAUUGACUUGUUGGUGACUAACAUGCGACCUUCGGUUGAUGCCGAGAGCGGAAAGUAUCUCGAUCAGUUUGUUCAUGGGGCCAACACUACGAUUGAAUAUUUUACGACUGUCGCUGGAGCGAACGAGCUGAAACAUGUUCGUACUAUUGCCGAUGGAGGUAUCGUUACGCCGAAUCGUGUUGCUGUUAUGGAAGACAAGACGUUUUAUGUCUCGAACGAUCAUGGUCCUCACAAGAUGGGCUGGCGUCACCACAUGUCCGCUAUCCUGGGCCAUGCCAACAUCAACGUCUGCAAGCCCAACACCCCUUGCAAAGAAGUAUCCAGCAACCUCAAAUUCCCCAAUGGCCUUGCUAUCCAUGAGAGCACCCUCUACGUUCCAGAUUCGAUGGCUGGCACGCUCACAAUUUACAACAUCCUGCCAAACAAAGACCUCGAAAAGGUGGACGAGAUCAAGCUCAACUACGCACUAGACAACGUCUCCAUCGAUGAGAACGGUGAUCUUUGGAUCGCUGCUUUCCCUGUAGGCAUUGAGAUCUACAAGGCUAACAAAGACCCGUACAAUGCACACCCACCUUCCGCUGUUUUGAGAGUCAGGAAGGUCGACGGGGAGUGGAAGGUGGAUAAGGUACUUGAGGACAAGGAUGGAGAAAUCUUGCCGGCGGCUACGACAGCUUUGCAUGACGCGAAAACCGGAAGAAUCUUCUUUAGCAGUGUUAUUUCACCGUGGAUCGCAGUUUGUGAGCCAAAGGCUUGA